AAAUUCAAAACACAAGCGCUCCAAAGUUCGUUCAGUUUCCCUCCUAAAGCAAUCUUUUUUGUUUCAAAGAGGUUUGAAAUAUUUUUAUCCAUGGAGUCCGGAAAGUCGGCGUCGAGGGGAGCCGGAGGAAGGAAAGGCGGUGAGAGGAAGAAGUCGGUGACGAAGUCGGUCAAGGCGGGGCUUCAAUUCCCUGUUGGUCGGCUCGCCCGGUUCCUGAAAAAGGGUCGCUACUCUCAGAGAACCGGCACCGGAGCUCCCGUCUAUCUCGCCGCCGUUCUCGAAUAUCUCGCUGCUGAGGUGCUGGAGCUGGCGGGGAAUGCGGCACGUGAUAACAAGAAGAACAGGAUCAACCCGAGGCACGUGCUGUUGGCCGUGAGGAACGACGAGGAGCUAGGUAAACUGCUCCAAGGUGUUACCAUUGCCAGCGGCGGAGUUCUGCCCAACAUAAACCCCGUUUUGCUGCCCAAGAAGAUCGCUUCUUCUGAUGCUGAGAAGGGCCCCAAGGCCUCCAAGUCUCCCAAAAAAGCCUAAGAUUCUCUUGGUUUGCUAUUAGGUCCUGCUCCUUUUUUGGAAAUUUUUGGUGCAUAGUUGUAGUUGGUAAAUUUAAAAUUAUCCAAUGGAAAGCUACUUGCUUUCUUACUAUUUUGAUUGUAUGGCCCCAAUCAUGAUUCCCAUUGGGUAUAUGUUUAUAACAAUUCUGUGGGUUUUCCUA